GCGAUUCUUCCCGUUUUUCUCUAAUGCGCUAGCCUCGGCUCAAGUCUCUCUUCAUACGCUUGUCUGAUUUCUCGUUUAUUUGAGGUUGCAGCCAGCGAUUUCUAUCAUGCCUGUCCGCGACCAUCUACCCCAUAAGAAGCGCAAGGUAGAGACAUCCUCUCCACAAUCCUACAAAUAUGCGUCUGCCACGGAGAUCCGGCGCGUCUUCAAGGCUCAGAGCGAGAGCGGGCUCAUCGAAGGCUUGACCGCUCUUCGCAAUCAGCUUACCGUCAAGCCAAAUGAGGGGCCAAUUCAGGUCAACGACGAACGGUUGUUGCUCGCCAAAUCAUGGCUAGAGGAGGAUCCAGGAGCGCAGGAGCUCCUCACGGCAUGGGAGGGCGCGAACACGAGACAAAUGUCGUUGCUAUCCGUUAUUGUCGGCGUCUUGUCUGCCCUUCUCAACUUGCUCUCUCCUCAUUACACCUACCAUGUCCAUGCCCAACCCCUCCUACGCGCCCUUCUGUCCCAACAAUGGAUACACAACCUCAACACCUACCUAUCAGGCCAACACACAGAGCUCGUCCUGGUCACCCUUAAGCUGUUCAACAGUAUGUCCAAUUUCGCGGGGGGUCGCGAACGCAAGCUGGUCCUAGAUGCGUUCGCUUGGGAGAUGAAGUCCCUGCCUAAGCUGCUCCACAUGCGGCGCAAGUCAAAAGGCGCAGAAGAUGUGGAUAUGCUCGAGCGACCAGAUAUCAGGACACUGUAUAUCCUGUUCGUCCUGUCGUUUUUGGAAACCACAACUCCAGCAUCCGUGAAGGCGGCGUUCCUCGAGCAGCAUCGCGACGCGUUUACGUCCGUCUUCAAAGGACUCUGGCAAGACUCGUACUCGGUCAUCAGAAGAGUGCUCGAAGUCUGUUGGUCAGGCCUGUGGGCUGAUGCCAAGCUCAAACGCACGUUGAAGAUCCAUGUUUUCAGCGAGGCGACGCUCUCCCAACUCAUUCGUAUCUACGAACGCAACGUACCGGAAGGUCAGGAUCCCGAGUCCGUGCCUGCGGACGUUGUGCACCACUUCCUCUUGGCACUUUGCACACGGCCAGGCGUCGGGCUCUGCUUCCACGACCACGGCUGGUACCCCCGCGAAACCGAUCCAGACCAACGCGUCACCACAGAUAUCGACGAACGCGCUGACGACGACAUGCGCCAGAAAGGAGGUAAAAUUCACAACAAGAUACUCUCCAACGUUCUCAAGACCCUCAAAGUCAACGAAGACCCGCGCCAACAAGAGCUCGCCCUCAAAAUCCUCGCCGCGUGCCCCGAGCUCGUCGCGGGAUACUGGUCCUCGGCAGGCCUCGCGCUCGAUCCGCGCCUGUCGUCCAAGUGGCUCGCGAACAUCGCCUUCUUCGGCGCGGUCGUCUCGCUCCCCAUCCCCACCGCCUCGUUCUUCCUACCUGAGAGCGGAAGCGGGAGCACCUCGCUCUAUCAGCCAACCCCGCCUCCUCUCUCCACCAUCAUCGAGAACAUCCUCCCCACGGCGCAGAUCAAGACACACCUGUCGCGCGGCCUGCAGGCGUCCUCAUCGCUCGUCCAGCAUGCCUCCGCGCUCGCGCUCGCGAAGUGCCUGCUGAAGUACGAGCAAGUGUUGCGUGCGUUCCAGGAGGUCGAGCGUGCGCUUGAGGAGAACGAGGAAGAGGGCCUGUGGGCGCGCAGGCGACGCGAGGUCGAGCGGGAGGUGCGAAGGCGCGUACCUGACUUCCAGGUCAUCGUUGGAUUCUCUCAGCGUACGAACGAGGCGAGUGUCCCACCGCCCCCAGCAGAUGGCCAGGGCAAGGAGGAGAAACAAAAGGAGAUCGUCCCGAACCCCACGCGAACAGCGCUGCUUGCAGAGAGCGCACAUCGGUUGUUGUGGCUCUAUCACCAAUCGCUGCCUGCAGUCGUCGCGGAGGCGCGCUUCGACCCCGGAAAGUUGUUACAGGCUAUUGAGGACAUGUUGGCUCAAGGUAGCAGCGCCAGUCCGACUGGCGGGCUCGACACGCUUCGUCAGCUGCACGUCCUCCGGCUACUCAAGGAGAGCGAGCACUUCACUUGGUCCGGGAAGUCAGGGUCGAAACACAGCAACUUCCACAUCCUCCUCAAGGCGUAUAUCAUCACGCCCGUCCGCGUCAUCCGCACCGCCAUUGUAGCUCUCCUACGACAUAUCCUCGCCCCCGGCGUCCUCUUCCAGCACGACGCCGACGAGAUCGCACUAUGGCUGGACUCGCUUCCACUCACGCGGCGCGCUGCCGCGGCACAAGCACCAGAUGGUGCACCUCUGACGGACGAGGGCGACAGCGUCCUUCGCUUCCUCGACGACUGCGUGCAGCGUUGCGUGAAAACCCCCUACAAAUACGUUGAAGAGCUCCAGACGCUGUACGCUUCAAGUCGGUCAUCUAGCGGAGAGGCAUCGUCUAUCGGUCAACGUCCUGACGCGUUCCCUAGCCCUUUGUUGGCGACGGUCGUCGAGCAACUUGGGGCCAAGCUGAGGGGCAAGCUGCUCUCUCCUUCGGACGCGCUGGCGCUCUUCUCGUUCGUGCGGAAACUGUUGCUCCGCAUUGUUGGCAAGACUGCAGACUUGGCCUUGCCUCAGGCCUUCGCAGCGAAAAUUGCUGAACUCGUCGAAGACGACAUCUACUUGGAGUAUCCUACAAUGAAGGACGCUAUCGACCGCGAGGUCGCUCUUCUUGUUUCUUCGAUGGGGCAGCUGCACAAUCCUAUAGCGGCCCCCAGUCAAAGCACCAGCCCCGCUGUUCUAGCGUUCUUGGAACAGGUCGAGCGGCUCCCUGAUCCGGAAUCCGAUGCUGCACGCCAAGUCGCGGCGUACGAACUCGUGGACUGGCUGCGGUUGAUCGGACCAGAGCUGCACGUCUCCGAACUCAGUCGCCUCAUCAGCGCUGUCGAGAAGUUCCACAAGCCGGCGCUGAAGGAAUUGUUCCAGUAUCUCGACCCGCAAUCGGUCGCGUUUUGGGAGGGCGCGGAUGUGAUCUCGAAUUCAGCUCGUGUUGUCCAUGCGGCCAGUUUCGAGACGCUGUUCCUGCAUUGCAGAAACGAGUUGCUAGACAACGAAGCUUGCCGGACAGUCCUCGUCAGUAGUCUGUUCACAGGUCACGUCGAAGUGGUCACUGUCAAGCGUUCUGUCCGCCUGGUUUUGCACCGUCUUUCGUCUCCCACCAUAGGUGCAGCCACCAUGCGAGACCUCCUCCUCAUUCUGGGGAGCAUCAUCAAUGGUCUGCAAAACACUGGGAGGAUCGUGGAUGCCCGCAUUGCAGCUCUCUUCUGCUUCGAGUCCGAAGUCGUGAAAGCGCUCACGACACGCUCAUUGCAAGAUGAGCCCAGGGAAGGCCUAGGAAGGCUCUUGGAAGCUGCAUUCCCGGUCGGUGGUGCGGACAUCCUACAGCUAUUCGCCACGAUGACCGGCCGGUGGGUGCUGACUUUGAGGGAGUCGUUGGAUAACAUGGACGAGGAGCAGCGCACAACUGCUUUGCUCUGGUUCAAGUACAUGGGCGCGCAGGAAGCGCUUGCUCUACUAGACUAUCUGGCAGAAAGAGCCGAACACUCUAGCUCCGUAGCCAUUCAGGACAUCAUCAAAGCCGUCCUCGAGAUUACCUCAAACACUCUGAGUAUUGAACUAGAUGUUGUGACCCACGCACUUCCUCUCCUAUGCCGUCUGCAGUCGCUUCUUCCUAAAUCCUCCCACCUCACUUCCCUCAUCGCGACUGGAACACGAGGGUCGAUCCCGUUCGGCCACGACGGCUACCUCCCGAAUCGUUCCUUCUCCGACUGGAGCAUCGCCUCGCUUAUCCCUUCAGCUAGCAAGCGUUGGGCCUUGCGCGUCCGACCGGCACCUCCCCUUUCUGUUUCGUCAGUCCUCGCCGGGGCCCCUCUGUCAGACUCCGACAUCGACAUCGCCACCCACCUGCUCUACCGAAGCAGUUCUGUGAGGCCCGCUAUAUCAGAAUGGUUGGCAUCGCCAGCGUCGAAGAACUGCAGCUCCACCCACCUCGUUCGGCUGAUCUUCGCGUUCUACGACUCCGCUCGCCAAGAAGGAUUCAAAGCAGACGCCGCCCGGAGCCACUUCUCCCACCUUGUGAAAGUUGUUGCUGAAGCCCGCCACCCUCGUCAGAUUUGCGAAAUGGCUGCGGAUUGCGUUGUCUUGAUCGUAGUGUCGUCUCCCUCCGACAGAUCGAAGUACUUGAAGUCACUUAGCAAGACGUUCUUGUCGUUGAACGUGGACACAUUGUCUCCAUAUCCUCUUGCCGUCGGAAUAGGACUCCUUUCUGAGAUCGGCCGGGAAGCCAUCCCAUUGACAGAAGAGCUGCUUGACUCCGGUCUGAAGUGGGCCGUACGACGCUUCGCCGAGAAGGCGUCGUCAACUGAUGACGAUCAGGUCAAGCUGUCCAGGAUAGGGUCAAUCAUUCGAGCCAAAGUUCCUUUGAAGAGCCAUCUCGUCGAGCCCGUCAUCGCCGCUAUUAUCCAGGACCGGCUAGCCAGCGUAGACGCCGUGCAAUUUGCUCGCCUUUUAGCAUCAUCAACUCAUCUCAAGCCAGCCACAGUCAAUAGAUUCCUGCAAACUACGGUGCAGCACGGGAGGUUCUACCAGUACGGUGCCAUCGCGUCAUCAGGCAGUAACUCUGCGCGCGACAGCAUCGUCGAAUUUUCGCACACGCUCUUCCACUUGCAUCCGAACAACACUUGCCAACCGAGCCAUAUCGAGCCGUUGCGGCGCCUAUACGGAGGCUCACUCGGGGCUGCAGAUCUGAAGAUACUUUCGAUCUUCCAGCUCUUCGAGAGCACCCGCAGAACAUCUAUUGCUUCGUUGCUCAGUCAAUGGUCCGCUACUUCCGAUGUGGAUUCGGGUAACGCGCUUGAGGCGCUGCUUAGUCUUGAGCCCAGCCGUGUUCUGAGAACAUGUCUCGAGUUCCCCGACUGGAGGACACUCGCCUCAGGAGUCACCGAGUGUUCAUCCGCGAACGACUCGCUGUACGACCCUGUAUUCAUCCUGCUGCUGCUAUCGCAGACAGAAGAAGCACCCAACAGUGCCUUGGCUUGGGUAGAAUUCUUCCGUACCAAUGUCGUCAGCCUUGUUAUACGCACCCUAUCCGCCAAGGAUGCUCGAAUCCGAGAGAUUGCCUGGGGACAGGUGGCAUCCCUAUACAAAGCUCUCGAGGCCGCCGAUCUACAAGAGAAGCCGCAUGUUCUUCACAUAUUUAACCUGCUCAAAGACCUGCACCCAUCUAUACCCACUGAGAAAGUGCCGCGCAUUCCGGCUUUCACUACCCUCCUCCUCGCGCACGCCUUUCGUGGCAUCUUUUACCCCUCCAAUUUCAUAUAUCCGCUCACCGCGCGCUUCCUGCUGCAGCGUCCGAUGCUCGACCCGACCGACGUCCCAAUGCUCUAUGGCAUGCUGUACAGUUCCUCAGACGAAUGGAAGAAAGAGCGCGCCUGGAUAGUGAGGUUCCUCAGCGACGGCAUCGUCAGCAGUGAGGAAUGGCGGAUUAUGAAGAGGCGCCAUACAUGGGAUCUGCUUGCAAGUCUGUUCCAGAGCGAAGAGCGCGACCGAAUGUUACGUCGCGGCGUUCUCGAGGUCCUGGUUAACGUCACUUGCAAUGCCCGCGCGACGACGUCGCUGAUCCUCAGGCAUGCGCUCUUGGCUUGGAUCGAGAUGCAACUUCAGACCAUGCGUGGCGAGGAAGCAAUCGCAUGGGCCCGGAUUCUGGAAAACAUCCUCGCUGUUGUCGACGCGGGCAAGAUGGAAGCGGCAACUAAUGGCGAGUGGCGCGCGGUGUUAGGCCGUUGCCUGCGAACUGUCUUUCGUCAUCCUGCGUGCACGCAAGGUGUCUUCAUCGUUGCGUUUCCCGUCUUACUUCGACUUUCCCUCCUGCCUGGCUCCUCCCUCUCUCACAUUCCCACACUGUUGCGACAAAGCCUUUCCUUCCUUGAAGUAAUGGAAGCCGAUGUUGCGGUCCCGACCUCGGGGACUCUCGCUCCGCCACUCGUGCCUGAAGACGGAGUGACCUCCAUGUCACUCCACCGCUCACAACAGCUCUUCGACAGCCCUCCUGCCGUGUCUAUUGAGCUAUGGGGCGACUGCGUUGAAGCUUUGUGGAGGGUCUCGAUGGCGCUUCCGAACAGAACGGCCGAGUGGGAUGGAUUGUCCAGCAGGCUCCUUAUAUGGCGAUCCAUCGCAGGUGCCGAGAGGACUCGGGUUGGCGAGUGGGCGAGGAUAGAGACGCUGACGAACCUUGCGGUAGAAGCGUAGCAUACCUGAGUCCAGAUACCAUACGAUGUAGCGAUAGAUCAUGUAUUGUGCUCCAGUACAAUCUCCAUCUCAGUCAUGCUACUGUCCGGUCCUACGCGCGAGGACGUGAAGACAUCACCCCCGCCGGCUAAGGAGUCGAUGAGCAUAGCUAAUCGUGAUGCCGUCAAGUUUGGUUCUUUGCGUAUCUCCUCAAGAUCAUCCUUGAACGCAUCAGCUACAGACGCCAUCCAAAACUUCCUGAAACGCUCCUUCAGAACCUGCUCAUCCUGCCUAUCCUCUGCUGCGCUCUUCGGAGGUAAGAAUGGGGGGAUAGAAGAUGGCGGCGGAGUAGGAGACAGUGAACGCCGAGCAGGUUUUUGUGGUGCCGCUUCGGAGACGCCUUCGGGGGAGAGCUCUGGCGCGGGCUCGACGUCAGAGUCGUCCUCUGUAUCAGAGUCUGAAGAGGAAGACGAAGGAUCGCUUGGCUCUGGCUCGGGUUUCUUCGUGCCUUUCACUGACACUCGGAUGACGGCCUGUUGGGGUGCCUCGGAAUCGGAAGAAGAAUCAUCGGAGGAAGACGACUCGGAGGACGAUACGGCACGACGCUUCCUUUUCCUCAUCCGUUUCCUAGCGGCGGGAGGUUUCGCAGGUGCUGGAGCCAUCAGUCAAGUGGAAAAGACGAUGAGAGGCCGGCGUCGUUGCCAACGAUAGAGAGAAUGCAUUGCACGGCGGUC